UAUUGCAAAGACUUACAUAACGGAGUAUCAGUUGACAUAGGAACAUCCUAAACGUUUCUUCUGAGAACACGACGCGAUGUACGUGCGAUUGCUAAUUCUUCUCGGUCUCGCGGGCGGAAUAUCUUGUUUCACGGUCGAACCACAAAAUGGUACUUCGCUUUUAGUUGCAGGUGUAGGUGAUUACAAAGUGAACUCUCGGAAAAUGACGUGGAACAAUGCUCGCAAGGCCUGCAGGGAAGACGGAGGUCACUUGGUCGUUAUAAACUCGGACGACGAGGCGGCGCAUUUGCUAAGAACGAUGACAUCGUCACACUUCCCGGAAGUCUGGGUAGGUAUCCACGAUCUGUUCGUCGAGGGUGAAUGGGCCACCGUGACGGGCGAAGAGCUGAAACCACCCCUGUACGAGAAAUGGUUUCCAAGCGAACCUAACAACGUCGGCGGAGUAGAGAAUUGUGCUAUUUACUCGAAUUUGGGCGGUUUGGACGACCGUCCGUGCAACAGAAUGCACUGGUUCGUGUGCGAAAUCGACGCCCAUGGAUGUUAAAGUUCACGCAAACGUGACAGCGACAAUGUUUUUUUUUAUAUCCAUGUAAACAAACGAUGUUGCACAAAUACAUAAUAUACGAGAAA